GUGACGGGAAGCGGGCCACGUGACGGGCAGCCGGCCCACGUGACAGGCGGCCGGCUGGGCCCGCAGCCUCGCGGCCGGUGGACCCGGGGGGCCUCGGCGCGCUCGCAGGCGGCCGGCGCGCCAUGAAGCUGCCGCGGCGCGCGUGGCGGCACCGGACGGCACUGGGCCUGGGCGGCCUGGCGCUGUGCGGCGUCGCCCUGCUCUACCUGGCGCGCUGCUCAGCCGAGGGUCCUCGCUCACCUGCCGGCCAGGGCCCUGGCCCCCCGCCCGCCGGCCCCGCGCGCGACGCCGCCUUCCUGGCCGUGCUGGUGGCCUCCGCGCCGCGGGCGGCCGAGCGGCGCAGCGUGGUCCGCGGCACGUGGCUGGCGGCGGCGCGGCGCGGCGGCCCGGGCGACGUGUGGGCGCGCUUCGCCGUGGGCACGGACGGCCUGGGCGCCGAGGAGCGGCGCGCCCUGGAGCGCGAGCAGGCGCGGCACGGGGACCUGCUGCUGCUGCCCGCGCUGCGCGACGCCUACGAGAACCUCACGGCCAAGGUGCUGGCCAUGCUGGCCUGGCUGGACGAGCACGUGGCCUUCGAGUUCGUGCUCAAGGCCGACGACGACUCGUUCGUGCGGCUGGACGCGAUGCUGGCCGAGCUGCGCUCCCGCGACCCCGCGCGCCGCCGCCGCCUCUACUGGGGCUUCUUCUCGGGCCGCGGGCGCGUUAAGCCGGGGGGCCGCUGGCGCGAGGCGGCCUGGCAGCUCUGCGACUACUACCUGCCCUACGCCCUGGGCGGCGGCUACGUGCUCUCCGCCGACCUGGUGCGCUACCUGCGCCUGAGCCGCGAGUUCCUGCGCGCCUGGCACAGCGAGGACGUGUCCAUGGGCGCCUGGCUGGCGCCCGUGGACGUGCAGCGCGAGCACGACCCGCGCUUCGACACGGAGUACAAGUCCCGCGGCUGCAGCAACCAGUACCUGGUGACGCACAAGCAGAGCCUGGAGGACAUGCUGGAGAAGCACCAGACGCUGGCGCGCGAGGGCCGCCUGUGCAAGCAGGAGGUGCAGCUGCGCCUCUCCUACGUCUACGACUGGUCGGCGCCGCCCUCCCAGUGCUGCCAGAGGAGGGAGGGCAUCCCCUGAGGCGGCUGCUGGCGGAGAGGGGUGGCGGGGACCAACGCCCCGGAGCCCUCCUUCGGCAGCCCCCCAAGCCGGCCUUCCCCUAGGGGAGCUGACCGGUCUGGAUGGUUGUCUGGGAUGAGUCCAGCACUCGAGGGGGACCUUGUGUCUGUGGUCACUGGUGGGGCUGUUCAGCACAUGCCGUGCAGCACGGACAGCUCCUGGACCCCAGGUCCAGUCUGCACCCUGGGGCGCCUCAGUGGCUGCACCUGCCGCCUUUGUUCAAGAGCCUCUUGCUCUGCGGCUUGCCAGGGCGACGCAUUGUGUCCAGGGAGAGGCGUCCUGCCCCUGGGUUUCAGCCAGCAUUUGCCUGGACUGGGAAGAUGCCCAACUUUGGGUGCGAAUGGGGAAGAGCCUCCUGGGUCUGCAGGGGCCUGCAGACCAUUUAUCCCUCCCUCCCCCCACCCCCAUCCUGCUGUCCUGCCCCACCCAAGUCAGGGACCAGGAGCCAAAGGCUGGAGCUGGAGCGGACCUGCACUUGCCGGCUCAGCUCUGCUUGUUCCGGGUGGUACGACACCCUGUCCUACAUCCCGUUCGAACCCAACGUCCACCUUGGAAGUCACUGCCCCCAGCGCCGUGCCUGCUGUGAGCUGACCCACCGUGGGCCCCGGCCAGUGGCGACCGGCUGCAUGUUGCAACCCAGUGGCAGUUGGAGAACUGCGGUCAGGCGGCCUCCAGUGCGUCUUCCUCUGUCGGUGUCACUCAUGUGCGCGUCCCUGCUCUGUGUCCAUGCUCUGUGUCUGCCGGCAGCGAGUGUGUGGUCAGCGCCCCUCAGCUCCUGCUGUGAUUUAUUUAUAAACAUUGUGCGUUUGUGUAGACAGGAGCUCCGGCUGGGAGUGUGUGGUCUCCGUGUUUUUCCUUUUAAAUUAUUGCAGAAGCUGUUUCUGUCGGAACGGGAAUCCGUGGAUUAGUCUGUUUUGACAGAGGGAGCUGUAGACCCGUGGCUGCGUGUGUGUUUAAACACGCAAGAAUUCUAAAAC